AUGGGUUCUAUGCCAAUCGCCAUGCGCUCCUGGAUCUCAGUUGAGUCCUGGGGCCCUGACCGCCUCGACCUCGUCGGCAUCGGUGGAGACAACCAAAUGUACCGCAAGUCAUUCGACCGGAGUGACCAAGGAUGGAAGCCCUCUAUUGAUGGCGCAUGGGAACCACUCAACGGCAAAUUCCAGCAGAUCCCCGGCGUCAUCUCCUGGAGCCACGGCCGCCUCGACAUCUUCGGCGUUGGCCUGGACAAACACGUGUACCGCAAGACGUGGGGCAACCACCGCAAGGAGGGCGGAUCGUGGAUCAACAGCCAGUGGCAGAGUACCGGCGGUGAGCUCAAGAGCCAGCCUGUGCCUGUGUCGUGGGGCAAUGGCCGCAUCGACAUUUUUGCCAUCGGCAUGGACGACCAGAUGUACCGCAAGGUGUAUGGAGGCAAAUGGGAUUCCGAAGGCUGGGAACCGCUGACGGGCAAGUUCAAGAGCCCCCCAGCAGCGGUGUCAUGGGGUAGCGACAGACUGGAUGUUUUCGGCAUCGGAAUGGACAACCAGAUGUACCACCGGGCGUUUGAGAACGGUGCGUGGACUACGUCUGGCUGGACUGGAACGAACGGUACUUUCAAGAGCCCGCCGGCUGUUGUCUCGUGGGGCAAAGGCAGGCUCGAUGCCUUUGCCAUUGGCAUGGAUGACCAAAUGUACUUCAAGUCGUUCGACAACGGUAAGUGGUUGACCAGCAACUGGCAGGGACUGGGUGGAAAGUUCAAGAGCACCCCUUCAGUUGUCUCGUGGGGCAAAGGUAGGCUCGAUGUCUUUGGCAUUGGCAUGGACGACCAGAUGUACCACAAGGCAUUCGACAACAAUCAGUGGGUGGGUGACUGGAAGGGAAUGACUGGCAAGUUCAAGAGUGCUCCAGCCGCCGUCUGUUGGGGCAAGGGACGCAUCGAUGUUUUCGGCAUCGGACUCGAUGAUGCGGUUUGGCAGCAGUACUACGCUGACGGCAAGUGGUCUGGCAAGUUUGGAAGCUUGGGCGGAAAGUUCAAGACUUUUUAG